AUGCGUCUCAUCUGUUGUAUAUUGAUGUUGCACCCCUCCUGCCCUCCCCCCUGCUUCCACCACCCUUUCAACGCCUCGUUCUUCCGAGUGCUCACGCCAGCAGAGUCCUUUGCAUCGGUGCAGGCGCAGCUGCAGGAGUUCUUUCGAGUGCUCACACCAGCCGAGUCCUUUGCGUCGGUGCGAGCGCAGCUGCAGGAGUAUGGGCUGACGGUAGACGCGGAGCACUCAGGCCUCAUGUUUAUCCCCACCGCCACCAUGCAGCCUGACGAGGAGGCUCGGGAGCAGAACGAAGCUGUGAUGGAGAAGCUGCUGGAAUUGGACGAUGUGGAUGCGGUGUACUGCAACCAAUAG